AUGGACAACACAAACGAAAGGACAAAAACAAGGACGCGGACAAGGCGAACAGGACUCAUCUCCCUCGCGCUCGCAAUCACAACAACAGCCUGUCUCCUCGCUUCCUCAUCAUCUUCCACCCUCGUCAACGCCGACUCCUCUUUCAUCAACACCAUCCACAGCGACCCCGCAACCGCCGCUGCUGCAACCCAAAACUCGUCCCUCCUCUGGGGUAUCUACAGACCCAACCUUUACUUUGGAACCCGUGCUCGUCUUCCUGAUACACUCAUGACUGGUCUCAUGUGGUUCGGUACCCAAGACCUUUCUGGCCCUGACCAUAUCCGCCACGGAUGCGAAGAACGUGACGGGUUCGAAAAGUACGGCUGGCUCAAACACGACGGACGGACGUUCGGAACUCAGGAACUCAAAGAUACCCGCAACAAUGUCGACUUGACCACAGAGUUCAUCAAGGUGCCUGGAGGUAACCAUGGAGGAUCUUGGGCCGCUAGGAUCUCGGGAAAGCCUAUCCGUAAGGGAGAGCCCAUGUCGAUCUCGACUCUUUACUACAUCGGCUUGGACGGCGAUGGUCAGCUCAAUGUUGAUACUGCCAGCUAUGAUGUCAAAGCACCUAUUGUAGGAACCGCCAAGGAGUUGGGCGACUUUGAUAUCACCAUCCAGCAAACCUUCGGAUCUGAAACCACUACUCACUACAUGGGAGCUGCUAUUCCCAAGGGAUCCGUGUGGCGUGCCAAAGACUUUGUAAAGGAGAUCUUGACGCACAAGGCACAGGUCAUGCAACAGCAGGGUGCGAUUGACUUCCAACCCCAGGAUUUGUACAUUUUGCCUGAUCAGUUAUAUGGUGACUCUACCAACAUCCUUAUCAUUCAGAUGAACUACGACUCUGAGUUUGAGUUCGAGGUGAGGUUCAAUUCAAAGUCGUCGCCCAACCCAGUCACCACCGAGACAAUUUCGUCCGCAAUCUCCAAGGCCGAGGACGCGUUUGACAAGCGCUUUGAAGAUACUUUCCACCUGAAGCAGCACGGAUACUCGGACUCGAUGGUCAACUUUGCUAAGGCAACCAUGAGCAACCUCGUUGGAGGUAUUGGCUACUUUCACGGAUCUUCGAUUGUUGAUGAAUCGCCCACUUACGAGGAUGGACAAAAUGAUCAUUUGGAAGGACCAGUUGCCAGACGCCCUUCGCCCAACCCUCAGAUGACUGCUCCUGCAUCGCUGUUCUCGGCUGUCCCAUCCCGUUCAUUCUUCCCUCGCGGAUUCUACUGGGAUGAAGGUUUCCACCAAACCUUGGUCGGCCAAUGGGACAAUGACCUCAGUUUGGAGAUUAUCAAAAGUUGGUAUGAUCGUCAGGACAGCGACGGUUGGAUCCAGAGAGAGCAGAUUCUUGGCGAAGAGGCCAGAAGCCGUGUCCCUGAACAGUUCCAGAUCCAGUACCCCGAGCAUGCCAACCCUCCUACACUCUUGUACGCCAUUAGCGGAUACUUGGAUCGUCUCAGCAACGCCACCAACACCUUCUCUGUUGGCGCCUUUGGUAACGCUGCCCAGACACAAUUCAGCUCUGAUUUUGCUGAAGGUGAGCAGGAUGUCUUGAACGGACGCUUGGCGAAUACGGAUCUAGCGAAGCAGUAUCUUGCAGAGUUGUACCCAAAACUCCGUACCAACUACGAGUGGAUGAGACGCACUAUGCAGGGAGGCAUUCGUGAAUAUGGACGCAUGUCGCGGUCGCGUGUUGAGGGUUACCGCUGGAGGGGGAGGACCAAGUCGCAUACGCUGACUUCUGGAUUGGAUGAUUACCCCAGAGCUGAUCUUCCUAGUGUUGCGGAGUUGCAUGUCGAUUUGCUUUCUUGGAUUGGGUUCAUGAGUCGUAACCUUCAGCGUAUUGCUAGCAUUGUUGGCGAGGAGGAUGACGCCGAGGAGUUUGAGGAUCACUACAAAGCCAUUGUUCACAACGUCGAUGAUCUGCAUUGGAACGAAGAACAGAAGGCGUACUGCGACGUUACCAUAGACGAGACUGACGAAAGCAUCCAAGUCUGCCACAAGGGAUACAUCACCCUCUUCCCCGUCUUGCUUGGGAUCGUCUCCCCCGAGUCCAAGAACUUGGAUCAUAUUUUAGAUUUAAUGCAUGAUCCUAACGAGCUCUGGACUCCCUAUGGACUUCGAUCACUGUCGGCUUCUAAUGAGCAUUUUGGAACUGGCGAGAACUACUGGAAGGGGCCUAUCUGGAUUAAUGUCAAUUACCUUGCCCUUCAUUCCCUCAAGACUCAUUAUGUCGAGAAGGGCCCUUACCGCGAAAAGGCUGCAAAGGUCUACAAUGAGCUGCGCGACAACCUCAUAAAGAACAUCUACAGCGAAUAUGAGCGGACAGGAUAUGUGUGGGAGCAGUAUAAUGAUAAGACGGGCCAUGGGCAGCGUAGCCAUCCGUUUACGGGCUGGACUGCUAUGAUUGUUUUGAUUAUGCAGAUGGGGCGCGCGUGA